AUUACAAAAGUGAAUCUAUUCAGCUGAAGGAGAAAUUGGGUCAGAGGGAAGUGGAAUACUCAGCUCUGUCUGAGAUGCAUGAGCUGCAUAAGAGUAAAACGUUGGCUCAAAUUACGGGAUUAGAGGCUGCUGUCGCAGGGCUGGAACUGGAGCUGGAAUCUUUGCGAGGUCAGAAAACAGAUAUAGAAGUUGAGAUCGAGAACAAAGAAACUCAAGUGAAACAACUAGGAGAAGAGAAUGCAGGACUGCAAGCCCGAAUUUCACAACUUGAAUCAAUAUCAAAUGAGAGAGAAGCCGAAUUUUCUUCCCUGGCGAAGAAAUUUGAGGACAGCAGUAAUGAAUAUGGUCGGCUACAGGAGAAACUGGGUCAGAGGGAAGUGGAACACUCAACUCUGUCUGAGAUACAUGAGUUGCAUAAGAGUAAAACGUUGGCUCAAAUUACAGGUUUAGAGGCUGCUGUGGCAGGGCUGGAACUGGAGCUGGAAUCCUUGCAAGGUCAGAAGAAAGAUAUAGAAGUUGAGAUUGAGAAGAAAGAAACUCAAGUGAAACAACUAGCCAAAGAGAAUGAGGGAUUGCAAGCCCAAACUUCAGAACUUGAAUCAAUAUCAAAUGAGAGAGAAGCUGAACUUUCUGCUCUCACCAAAAAACUUGAGGAGAUCAAUAGUGAAGCUAUUCAGCUGAAGGAGCAAUUGGAUCAGAAGGAAAAGGAAUACUCAGCUCUGUCUGAGAAGCAUGAGCUGCAUGAGAGUAAAACAUCAGCUCAAAUCCUGGGAUUAGAGGCUGCUGUGGUAGGGCUGGAACUGGAGCUGGGAUCUUUGCGAGGUCAGAAAGAAGAUAUAGAUGUUGAGAUUGAGAACAAAGAAACUCAAGUGAAACAACUAGCAGAAGAGAAUGCAGGACUGCAAGCCCGAAUUUCACAACUCGAAUCAAUAUCAAAUGAGAGAGAAGCCGAAUUUUCUUUCCUGGCAAAGAAAUUUGAGGACAUCAGUAAUGAAUAUGGUCGGCUACAGGAGAAACUGGGUCAGAGGGAAGUGGAACACUCAACUCUGUCUGAGAUGCAUGAGCUGCAUAAGAGUAAAACGUUGGCUCAAGUUACAGGUUUAGAGGCUGCUGUGGCAGGGCUGGAACUGGAGCUGGAAUCUUUGCGAGCUCAGAAAAAAGAUAUAGAAGUUGAGAUUGAGAACAAAGAAACUCAAGUGAAACAACUAGCCGAAGAGAAUGCGGGAUUGCAAGCCCAAACUUCAGAACUUGAAUCAAUAUCAAAUGAGAGAGAAGCUGAACUUUCUGUUCUCACCAAAAAACUUGAGGAGAUCAAUAGUGAAGCUAUUCAGCUGAAGGAGCAAUUGGAUCAGAAGGAAAAGGAAUACUCAGCUCUGUCUGAGAAGCAUGAGCUGCAUGAGAGUAAAACAAUGGCUCAAAUUACGGGAUUAGAGGCUGCUGUCACAGGGCUGGAACUGGAGCUGGAAUCUUUGCGAUGUCAGAAAGAAGAUAUAGAAGUUGAGAUUGAGAACAAAGAAACUCAAGUGAAACACCUAGCAGAAGAGAAUGCGGGACUGCAAGCCCGAAUUUCACAACUUGAAUCAAUAUCAAAUGAGAGAGAAGCCGAAUUUUCUUCCCUGGUGAAGAAAUUUGAGGACAGCGGUAAUGAAUAUGGUCGGCUACAGGAGAAACUGGGUCAGAGGGAAGUGGAACACUCAACUCUGUCUGAGAUGCAUGAGCUGCAUAAGAGUAAAACGUUGGCUCAAAUUGCAGGUUUAGAGGCUGCUGUGGCAGGGCUGGAACUUGAGCUGGAAUCCUUGCGAGGUCAGAAGAAAGAUAUAGAAGUUGAGAUUGAGAAGAAAGAAACUCAAGUGAAACAACUAGCCGAAGAGAAUGCGGGAUUGCAAGCCCAAACUUCAGAACUUGAAUCAAUAUCAAAUGAGAGAGAAGCUGAACUUUCUGAUCUCACCAAAAAACUUGAGGAGAUCAAUAGUGAAGCUAUUCAGCUGAAGGAGCAAUUGGAUCAGAAGGAAAAGGAAUACUCAGCUCUGUCUGAGAAGCAUGAGCUGCAUGAGAGUAAAACAUUGGCUCAAAUUACGGGAUUAGAGGCUGCUGUCGCAGGGCUGGAACUGGAGCUGGAAUCUUUGCGAGGUCAGAAAACAGAUAUAGAAGUUGAGAUUGAGAACAAAGAAACUCAAGUGAAACAACUAGCAGAAGAGAAUGCGGGACUGCAAGCCCGAAUUUCACAACUUGAAUCAAUAUCAAAUGAGAGAGAAGCUGAAUUUUCUUCCCUGGUGAAGAAAUUUGAGGACAGCGGUAAUGAAUAUGGUCGGCUACAGGAGAAACUGGGUCAGAGGGAAGUGGAACACUCAACUCUGUCUGAGAAGCAUGAGCUGCAUAAGGGUAAAACGUUGGCUCAAAUUGCAGGUUUAGAGGCUGCUGUGGCAGGGCUGGAACUGGAGCUGGAAUCCUUGCGAGGUCAGAAGAAAGAUAUAGAAGUUGAGAUUGAGAAGAAAGAAACUCAAGUGAAACAACUAGCCGAAGAGAAUGCAGGAUUGCAAGCCCAAACUUCAGAACUUGAAUCAAUAUCAAAUGAGAGAGAAGCUGAACUUUCUGCUCUCACCAAAAAACUUGAGGAGAUCAAUAGUGAAUCUAUUCAGCUGAAGGAGCAAUUGGAUCAGAAGGAAAAGGAAUACUCAGCUCUGUCUGAGAAGCAUGAGCUGCAUGAGAGUAAAACAUCGGCUCAAAUCCUGGGAUUAGAGGCUGCUGUGGCAGGGCUGGAACUGAAGAUGAGAACUUUGCGAGGUCAGAAAGAAGAUAUAGAUGUUGAGAUUGAGAACAAAGAAACUCAAGUGAAACAACUAGCAGAAGAGAAUGCGGGAUUGCAAGCCCAAAUUUCAGAACUUGAAUCAAUAUCAAAUGAGAGAGAAGCUGAACUUUCUGCUCUGACGAAGAAACUUGAGGACAGCAGUAAUGAAUAUAGUCAGCUACAAGAGAAACUGGGUCAGAGGGAAAAGGAAUACUCAACUCUGUCUGAGAUGCACAAUCUGCAUGAGAUUGAAAUACUGGAUAAAAUAAAAGGAUUUGAGUCAGAAGUUACAGGGCUAGCACUGGAGCUGGAAUCUUUGCGACAUCAGAAGAGUGGCUUGGAAGUAGAGAUAAAGAGCAAAGAAACUGUAGCAAAACAACUGGGAGAGGAAAAUGUGGGACUGCAAGCCCGAAUUUCAGAACUUGAAUCGACUUUGAAAGACAGAGAAGCUGAACUUUCCUCUCUCACAAAGAAACUUGAGGACAGCAAUCAUGAAUCGUCAUCCAGAAUAGCAGAUUUGUCUGCACAGAUCAAUAAUCUGCUAGCUGAGGUAGAUUCUUUGCGUGCCCAGAAAGUUGAGUUGGAGGAACUUAUAGUAUCCAAAGGUGAUGAAGCAUCGACUCAGGUCAAGGGAUUAGUGGAGCAAGUAAACGUGUUGCAGCAGGAAUUGUUGUCAAUGCAGAGCGGGAAAACUGAAUUGCAAGUGCAGCUUGAGAACAAAACUCAAGAAGUUUCUGAAUUCUUGAUACAGAUACAAAAUCUGAAAGAAGAAAUAACAAACAAGAUAACGGAUCAUGAGAGGGUUGUGGAAGAGAAAGAGAGUUUGACGGCAGAAAAGAGAGAGAUUGAGAUAAAGGUGGACUCAAUACACAACCACAAAAGUGAACUCGAAGAGGAGAUAAGAACAAAAUGCCUUGAGAGUGAUCAGUUGAGAGCACAAAUUGUUGAGCUAAAGGAUCAAAUAGUUGAAUUUGAGAAGAGACUAACAGAAAAAGAGGCCGAGUUUUCUUCCCUCCAGGAGAAACAUGACAGUGCUGUGAACGACGCUUCUGCUCAAAUAACAGCCUUUGUGUCACAGGUUACUAGUCUACAACAGGGUUUGGAUGCAUUGCAGACCAAGAAGAACCAGAUGGAGUUGCAGUUUGAGAGGGAGAAACAAGAACUUUCGCAGAGCCUGACGCAAUUGGAGAAUGAAAAGGUUGAAUUAGAGAGCAAGAUAGCUGAUCAUCAGAGACUGCUGAAUGAACACGAGGAGACAUAUGGCAAGUUAAAAGAUGAAUAUAUGCAGCUGGAGAGUCAUAUGCAGGACAGUAAGGUCAACCACGAUGCCGCAGAAAGGAAAAUCGAGCAAAUGGCAGAAGAUUUCGGUAAGAAAAUUGAAUCGAAAGAUGAGACAAUAGCUGAUUUGGAGCAAGAGGCUGAAUAUCUGAAACGAGAUCUUGAAGAAAAAGGGUACGAGCUUAGUUCUUUGGUUGAAAACUCCCGUAAUGUUGAAGUUAAGCUCCGCCUGUCAAACCAGAAGCUCCGGGUUACAGAGCAGGUAUUGACCGAGAAAGAGGAGAGCUUCAAAAAGGCAGAACUGAAAUUCCUGGAAGAACAGAGAGCACUUGAAGACAGGAUUGCUAGAUUGUCUGGUAUAAUCUCUGCUAACAACGAAGCCUAUCAAAGAAACAUCGCACUUGUUUCAGAAAAUGUUAACAGUUCUUUGAGCAGAAUGGAAUCCAUGAUCAAAAAAUUUGUGGACGACUAUGCAAAAUAUGAGACGUGCAUUCUGGAAACAUCACAGCAGCUUCACAUUGCAAAGAAUUGGGCUGCAGAAACAAAUAGUGUAAGAGAGACGUUGAAGAGGGAGGUGGAGGACCUAAUUGAACAACUGCGAGAUAAGAAAGAAGAAGCAUUGGUGCUUGGAGAGCAGGUCGAGAGGAUGCGGGCAAAGGCAAGUAAGGAAGAAGUGGAGAAGGGGAGUCUGAUCAAAGCCGUGAGCCAACUUGAGAAGAAAGCGGCGGACUUGGAGAAGGUGGUGGAGGAGAAAACAGAGGGAAUGCUGGGAUUAGGAGAGGAGAAGAGGGAAGCCAUAAGACAGUUGUGCAUAUGGAUCGAGUAUCACCAAAGCCGGUACGAUCAUCUCAAGGAAAUUCUCUUGAAGACAACUCCGGCAAGAGGCCAGACGAGGGCCUCGACGUCUCGUCCUUGAUAAUAUUUUUUUUUUUUUUCCUUCGAUUGCAAUAUGACAGUUUUUAGUCCCUUUGCAUCAUGAAUUUUUUUUAUUGAUUCCAUUUUUUGUGUUUCUUUUGAAGGCUAGUGUUUAUAAAGCAUUUUAGGUAGAGCUUGGAACGUAUAUGCGCGAGUUUGCUUGUAAAUUUUGCUUUUGUUCUUGUCCAUUUAAUGCAGUCAUGUAUAAAAUGCAGAUGGUUCUUUGUUAA